GCUGCGUGUUUCCUUUAAGGAACUGAGUUGAGUGUGUCAGUUGUCAACAGGCUGAGCGAGAAACGAGCCGUUGACACAGCUUGGUACGCGGAACUGAGACGUUACUGCGCCGUUACUGUGUUGAGGAAAGCCUCCUUUGGGAAGUUCAUUUUGUUCGUUGUAUCCAGAUAAAUAUGUCCCCUCGACGCGAAGCCUCCUGAGCAUCAUGGACAUGUGAAACUAGACUCUGCAGUAGGCAGAUGCAAGUCCCAGGCUGGAUUUGAAUGGCACUGAGGAUACAAGACUGACUCAGGGGGAGUACUGCAAUGACUAGCAAGCAUCCUAGCCAUGUAGAUAGCGCUCACUUCACAGAAAAACAGCCACCUGCCUCGUCCCCCAAGCUCCAUGUCCAGCGAUCACCAUCAAAGGAGACCAUCACCAUCCACUCAGCUCUUGGGAAGGAGGAAGUGGAGGAGGAGGAGGAGGAGGAGGAAGAAAAGCUGUGCAGGACAAGUGUCUCCAAUCCCUCCGCUGAUCAGAAUGACUUAAACAUUGUGACAGCCUUAGAAGCAAGCGAGGAGAUGUUUGAAGACAUGUCAUUGACAUCUGCAGCCAAGGUUGCAUCUCAAAAUGCUGAGCAAAAAGGCUCAACCUCUAAGUCCUCUCCCACUAAAUCUUUGAGCUUUCCCUCCAGUGAAAAACCCUUCCUCAGCUUGCUGAAGUCUUUUUCCUCUGACAUUGAGUCUCGUGAUGGGAUGCCUCCUCUUGCUGCUCCAACAGUAAGGCAUAGGCACCUGAAGAGUCUUGUCAAAUCUCUAUCUUCAGAUACAUCCCAGGACUCAUCCUCUUCCUCCAUAUCCUCUCGUUUUCCAGAAUCCCGCCUUAACCUGCAACUCUUCAAGCAAUUCACACAGUCCAGGAUGCCGUCUGCUACCACAUCGUCCACAAGUGAUUCUAAAACUGCCCCUUCAUCUCCAUUAACUUCACAAGAUAACCGCAGCUUCUUUAACGUCUCAGAAGUUGAGGCAAGGAUUGAAGACACUAAGCGGCGUCUCUCUGAGGCCAUCUCUGAGCCACUCCAACUGCUGACUAAGAUGAUUGAUGAAAAGAGUAGCAGCUUGGUAAGCAGCAGUAUUUACCGGCCCAAAGCCCUCUCUGCAAGUGCCUUAGAACUCUCCAACAUUACUUCUAUCAAUGGUCACCUGGAGAGCAACAACAAUUACUGCAUCAAGGAGGAAGAAGGCGGUGACCUAAAGGCUGAGUGCUCUAACAGCGGGGCUUCUGGUACAGCUGAAUCUCCUGUUAACCCAUCUGUUGACACGAAGAGCCCCAACAAAUCUUUACUUUCCAUGUCAUUGGACACAUGCUCUAUGUCCGCUCUUGCUAAACAAGAGUAUGACGACUUUUGCAUCCUGUACAGUGAGGACUUUGAGACUUGUACCGAUACAGACGCUGAUGGUGGCAAUAGAACUGAUGAUACUGGAACUGGGAGUCAAAGUGAAGUGCCACUAAGUGGUAGUACUGAACCGUUCAGUGAAGAUGACUCCGAAAGUAUAGAGCCAGCACCUAGUGUUCCACACUAUACUCUCAUCUUCCUUACUGUUCUGGUCUAUGGGUAUUUUGUAUUGCCUCUACCAAGUUACGUAGGAGGAAUGCUGCUUGGGAUUGGACUGGGAUUUCUUUUAGCCAUUGGUGUUGUGUGGCUGUCGGGACCAAAGCCUUCUGGUAGCACUUUUAAAGAGUCCAGACACCAUCGGAAUCUGACCAGGCUGGACAUUAAGGAACCAGCAAUCUAUAAGGGCUGGAUGAAUGAAAUAUCGAACUACGACCCAGAGACAUACCAUGCCACACUGACACACUCUGUGUUUGUCCGGUUGGAGGGCUCCAUCAUUCGCUUGAGUAAACCCAACCAUAAUGUUGCUCGCCGUGCCACACACAAUGAACCAAAACCCGAGGUCACAUACAUCAGUCAGAAGAUCUAUGACCUCACCAACAGCAAAGUAUAUAUAGCACCUCAGAGCCUGGCCAGGAAACGUGUAUGGAAUAAAAAAUACCCCAUAUGCAUUGAACUAGGCAAACAGGAUGACUUCAUGUCAAAGGCCGAGGGGGACAUGUGGGAGGCCAGUGAGAGCUUAAACACAAGGGACAGAGGAGAAUCGACAGGAGGAGGACCGGAGCGAAGGGGGUCGUCUUUGUCCAGUAGAGACCUGACCCUCUAUCUGUUUGGAAGGACUGGGAGGGAGAAGGAAGAAUGGUUCCAGCGGUUUCUAUCAGCUUCCAAGCUAAAGGCGGACUUGAAGAAAGCUUCCAGUGUUGCUGGGACUAAGGGUGCUCUGAGUUGUCACAGUCGCAGCAGCAGCCGUGGCAGUCUGGAUGAGGCACUGGCAUCUCAGCCCAGGUUAAAGGAUGCCUCAGUGUCAGCAGGCGGUGCCAAAACCAGACCGCUAUUAGACUACAAUGUAUACAUGGCCUCCUUACUGCCAGAACAGGCGGUAGUCAGCCCGGCAGUGGCCAGCCCUCCUCUUCAGAGUCCUCAGAGCAGCCCCGGGGCUGAUAAGAAGCUUCAGAGCACAACUUCAGCUCAGGUACAACCCAGGGAUGAGGAGGAGGAGAAGGAGGAGGAGAAGGAGGAUACUGUUGCCUGGCUUAAUGCGGCUCUUGGCCGGGUCUUCUGGGACUUCUUGGGCGAACCCUACUGGGCUGAACUGGUCUCCAAGAAGAUUCAAAUGAAGCUCAGCAAGAUACGGUUGCCUUACUUCAUGAAUGAGCUAACCCUGAAAGAACUGGACAUGGGCUCGGCCACUCCCAGAAUCCUUGGGGCAUCCAAACCCUCCAUUGACUACAGAGGUCUGUGGUUUGACCUGGAGAUUUGCUACAGUGGCUCCUUUCUGAUGACCCUGGAAACCAAGAUGAACCUCAUUCGUCUGGGCAAGGAGGGAGAAAGUGUCCGCUUUGGGGAAUUUGGCAAAGACGGAUACAGGCCACGGACUUACUGCCUGGCUGAUAGUGAUGAAGAGUCGUCCAGCGCUGGCUCAUCCGAUGAGGAAGAUUCCUCAGAUCUCUCAAAUGACUCAACUGGAGCAGAGGGUUUGGUUGGAGGCCACAAACCCAGCAAGAUCAUGCGCUUUGUGGACAAGAUCACCAAGUCCAAAUACUUCCUGAAGGCCACAGAAACGGAGUUCAUCAAAAAGAAGAUGGAGGAAGUGUCUAACACACCACUCCUGCUUACAGUGGAGGUGCAGGAACUCAGAGGAACGCUGGCUGUCAACAUACCGCCUCCGCCCACUGACAGGAUAUGGUAUGGCUUCAGGAAGCCGCCUCACCUGGAACUGAAGGCGCGACCUAAACUGGGGGAAAGAGAAGUGACUCUUGCUCACGUUACAGACUGGAUCGAGAAAAAACUGGACCAGGAAUUCCAGAAAAUCUUUGUAAUGCCAAACAUGGACGAUUUAUGGUUGACUGUCAUGCAUUCUGCCAUGGACCCACGCACAGCCGGCAGACCCUCCGUUGGUCUCACAGUGGACCCAGAUCCUGCCCCUCCAGAGAAGGACAUCACCAGCCAAACAUGAAGGAUUGUUUACAGUAUUUACGAGAGCUUGUCUGUGAGUCACAGUCAAAAGAUCAUACGCUAAUGCAAAUCUAUUCCCGUAGAGGAAACCUUAGGAAUUUAAGAAGAACAAGGUUGAGUCGACCGAGGAAACACUAAAGACAAACUGUUGCUUGCUGCCAGAAGAAAAAGGUGAUUUGACUUUGAAGGAUUGAUUCAACUGUAAGUAACUCUAUUGAAUAGGGCCCGAUAUGUGAAGAGUCACGUUUGGCUCCGAUUUUGGGUUGGUACAAGUUAAUAAGGGGAGUAAGUACAUAGGGAUACAUAAUUACAUAAAGUCCUCUGAACAUGAUGUGGCAGCUUUACCACAUAACUCACAGGUUGCAGAUGACCAGUUUCUGCUAAGGCGUGAGAUGGAGCUUGAUAGCCCCUUUAUUAUAGAAAUACAGUAACUGGAGUUUUACAAUAUGAUGGCAUGUUGAAAUUAGAGGGGUUUCAUUUUGAAUGAUUAGUGUGUGAUGAAUUGUCAUUUUCAAUGAUGAGUGGUAUACAUGAAGUAUAAUCAGGUUAAGAAAAGUACAUUAGAAAAGCUAAAAUACUUGAUGUUAGAUUCAUUUACCAUAUACAUAUUAAACCUUUUAAGUCGCUUUAUGUAAGCAGUUUUUCAUCAGGUGUUAACGGUAUUUAUUUGUGCUGUGACUACAUCCUGAGCAUCUCCCUUUAUUUGCCAAAAUGCCAUUUUUAUGCCAAUGAUGCCCUUCAUGCCUUUACGGAAAUAAUGCUCAAGAGCAGCAAAUAUACAUUAUCUAGGAAAAGUGUCAUACACUGUGUAAAUUCCAUACUAAUUACAAAUGCACAUACACAAUAAGUGCAAUGAUAAAAUCACUAUUGUAGGCUCUUGUACACUGUAAAUAUUAUAUAAAAGCUUGUCUAAUGAGAAGUUCGAGACCUCUAACAUGUCUAUUGAAUGUAUGACAAUAGUUUUUACCCAGUCACAUUUUUGACUGGUAUGCAAAUUAUUGCACAAUUUCUUUUUGUUUUCUUUUGAUAAACACUAUAUCAUCUUGCAUAUCUUUUUCCAGAUGUGUCCUCAAUCGUAUAAAGUACCAAGUGGUGUAUUUAUGUAUACAUCAUUUCUACUUCAUUGUGUUAACGUUAAUGAUGAUGAUGAUGGUGAUGAUGAUGACAUUGUUGGAUGUUCAUUAAAAUGACCAACUGUGAUAUGUAACAGUGCUUUAAAAAGCCUCUACCAGCUAUACUGUAUGUACAACAGUUUGAUGAAGUAAAGGUACGUACCGUAUAGCAGAGCAUCUAUUGCCUAGAAUGUAGCCUUAUCUGCAGGUUCCCUUUCUGAAAAUACCUUUCUAACAGUGUCAUAUUUCUAAUUAAACCAAAGUCCUUUGAUUAGGCCUAAAGUGCCAGAUUUCUCGCUGCUCAAAUGUACACACCCUGUAUUGAUAUAGCAUCUUUGUGAGGUAAUAUUUACAAAUGCGCUACAAUACCUGCAUUAACAUUGUUUACAGAAAUUCUUACCUUGUUGUCAUCUUUUGCUCUCUAAGGAUACUAAAGCACUGUAACACCAGAUGGAUUUAUUUCUGUAUGAUUGUCUUUCCCUUUAUGCUUUGUCUACUCUUUGUUAAGUAUUUGUUUUUGAAUGACUACACAAGGUGGGUUAUGGUUAUAUUUGUUUUGGCUACAUCUUUGGAAUAAACAAAAUGAAAUACAAUUUUGAGGAUAUAUGAAGAUAAUGUCAGGAUUUGUAUCUGUGAAUUAUUAUUGACUUUUUAAGAUUAUGACAUUUUAAGGCCAAAUUCAGUGAUUAGCCGAUGUGUAUCUGCCUUAUUUAUAGAGCAAAAUAAACGCAAACGUUUAUGAAAA